UUGUGUUCGAAGUUUCUACAGAAACAGGGUAAAACCGAGAGAUUCCUGUCGUGAGAACUGUGUUGAUUCACUGCGGGUGGAUCUCUGGAUGGCUUCCCCUCACCCAGAGUGUCCGACACGGCUCCAAGGCCGUGACUCGACACCGGAAACCGCUUCACAUCCUCCGGCAGAAGCUCAUGGCCGUGACCAAGUACAUUCCUCCAGAGAGGGUCACUCCUGCAGGAGCCUACCCAGCCCCAACCAAGCGAGUCCAGGAGGAGAAUGCUCUGAUGUUGCUCCUCAAGAGGGAUCUGAAGAAGCUGUUCCAGGACAGUAAGAUGGUCGCUGUGGUCCAGAACAACGCCAGCAACUCUGAAGACAUGAUGCUUCUCAAGAACAGACUCUUCAAACAUGGCAUCCUCGUCAAGUUCUUCCCAAACCAGGUGACGCGGUCGUUCCUGAUGGACAGUGCCUACAGCAACAUGGCUCCUCUGUUCAUUGGUCCGACGGUGCUGUUUGUUAGUAAAGAGCCGAAGGUGAAGGAGAUGCUGAAGGCGCUGAGGUCCAGUCCUCAGAUGACUCUACUGGGAGCGUGCAUCGACGACACACUGCUGAGUGUGGACGGGAUCGUGAGCUACUCCAAACUGCCGUCGAUGGCUGUGGUCCAGGGUCAGCUGGUCAGCGGGCUGACGAUGCUGACCUCCCACACCGCCUCCCUGCUGCAGCGCCACCCAGCGCACCUGUCGGCCCUGCUCCAGCAGCACAUCCGGCAGCAGAGCCCGGACAGCGGCGCUGCAGAGGAAGCCACGUAGACUCAGAGGAAAUCACUGAGACUGUUUUCCUUUGCAGACGCUUGGACAACGAGGGAGCGUAGAGUUGGACGAACGCUUCACCAUCAUUUGACUUCAGCAACAAAAUUCCAGGCAGAUUUUCACUGUACCCGCCCAUGGGAUCACUGUUCACUCACACUCGUGGGUAAAGGAUUCUGCAGACUGGACUGGUUUCUGUCUUGGACGGACAAUGCUGCCAAAAUAUCACCGUUGCCCAAGCUCUUACUUUAUUUAAAAUAUUGUCACACAUGAAUAAAUGAUGAAAACUCCA